UAAACGGUAACGGAGAGCAGAAGAAGAAGAAAGCGAUGUCAGUCUCGGCCGUAGGAAUUUCGAGGAUGGCGGUGCUCCACCGCUCUCCUCCGCCACCUGUCGGAGUCCCUGCCGUGUCUUUACCGGCUCUGAGCGGCAUCGGCGGUGUGGGAGGACUGAAGAUAGAGUGCUCGUCUCGGCCGAAGAAGAAGUCGACAGCCCACCACAACAAGACUCGGCCGAAAAAGUCCCAACCUUGGGACAUCCGCCGCCGAGGACCGACCUUCUACCCUCCUCUCCCACCUCUGCCGCCCGACUGGACACCUGUCUCCGGAGAAAAUGCCACCGCACUGGCGUCUGAACCACCCGUUGCUGAGUAAUUUCCUUUUCUUUAAGAUGCGAAGUUAAUUGCUUUGUUGGUGAUUAUGUACUACUUAUGUCACCUUGUGAAAAUGGCAAAAUAGUUAAUUGUUGCAAAUUCCUUGCUAUUUAACUUCAGUUUCACUUUGCUAUUGAAAAUGUUAUCGCAAAGUUGAUUCAAACUUGGUUAGUUGGGUGGAUCACUAUGAAUUCAUGAUUGAGUUGUUGUGGUUCAACUAAGUGAAACAACACUAAGAACUAAACUCACUGUCUUAUGUAUUCAUGUAAAUGAUUACCUAUAGUGUGGCUUUUCAACCAGUUCAGCACAAUUAGGUUUUAAGAUAAUACGGAGUACGUAGUAACAUGUAAGGUGACUUUUCAAACGGUUCGGAUCAUUGCAAAAAUCAAUAACCC